UGCCUUCGCAAGCGGUCAUGGGCGGAAGUGACUGUUCGUGGUGCGGGCUCGGGCAAAAUCUCCAUCAACGGACGGGGCCUCGACUACUUCGCAGAAAUCCAGUCCCGCGAACAGCCCGCCACCAAGGCGCGCUGGCGCCACGGACGCUCCACGCGCUCCAACCGCCUCACGCUGCUGCGCUCCCGCGCCUUCAACAGCGAUGACGAGGAAGAGAAGAAGUCUCCGGGCGACCGCAUGCAGCUGGGGCCGUCGCCGCCGCUGGACGACGACCUGGCGCCGCUGUUCGAGAGCUUCGAGCACGCCGUGCCCGAGGAGCUGCGCCGGAACGGCGGGCGCGCGGGGGACGCGUCGGCGCUGCACUCGGCCGUCCAAGGCGAACGCCGUGGAUGUGCUGCGCCUGCCUUGCUGGGGCAAGUGCGAGGACGUGAACUCGGUGUGGCGCCCGCGGGCUGCGCGCCGCGCCACCUCGCCCGCGACCUGGGCAAGAGCGACUGCCUGCGGCUUCUGGCCGAGUGGGAGGGCGUGGACCUGAACGUGCAGACGACGGAGAAGAGCGCGACGGCGCUGCACCUUGCCGCGGAGAACGGGCUGGCGGAGUGCGUGGCGCUGCUGCUGGCGCGGGGCGCCGACGCCAACGUGCGGAACUACCGCGGGCAGGUGCCGCUGCACCUGGCGGCGCGCGCGCAGUCGGUGGAGUGCGUGGAGACGCUGCUGCGCGCCAGCUCGUGCGACGUGAACGUAACGGACGACGACCUGCGCACGCCUUUACACGCCGCCGUGGGCAAGGCGUUGCAGGCGUACGAGGUGGCCGAGACGCUCAUUUCAUGGCGCGCCGACGUGAACGCGUGCGACUGCUUCGGCUACACCCCGCUGCACGUGGCGGCGCUCAACGAGCUGGCCCAGUGCGUGGAGACGCUGCUGUACCACGGCGCGGACGUGUCGGCGCGCACGCACGGCGGCACCACGGCGCUGUCCAUCAUCGUGAGGAAGACGCCCGCCUCGCUUAACACGCUCUAUGCGAAGUUCGACGCCGCCAUCUCCAUGCACGACCCCGAGGUGUCGCACCGAGAGGUGGAGCUCAAGCUCGACUUCCGGCAGCUGCUCCAGCACUCUGAGCGGGGAGAGAUCGCCUACCUCAAGACGUUCGUGGACGAGGGGCAGAAGGAGGUUCUGAAGCACCCGCUCUGCGAAGCGUUCUUGCACCUCAAGUGGCAGAAGAUUCGCAAGUUCUAUGUUGUCAAGCUCAUUUUCUGCUUUCUCUUUGUUUUGUCGCUUACUCUGUAUGUGAUGUCUGCGCUUGCCCAUAAUUGUUUCAACGAACAUUAUUAUAAUUCUACAAAUGCCAGUUCGGCUGACAGCAACAGAUCUGACAACUCCUUUGGAAGCAAUCCUGUGACGGAAGAACCAAACAAACCAGAAAACCGAAGCCAGCUCUUGUGUACCAAUAGUACUAUAGGGCAUUUCUUUAGAGACCAUCCCAGCAUUAUCAUUGUUGAGUGGUAUAUUUUACUACUCUUCACAUUUUGUGAAAUUUUUCGUAAAAUCUUUGGCUUUUCUGGGUUUUCAACAGUAAAGGAAUAUGUUUCUCAAGUAGAGAACCUCUUGGAAUGGUUUGUUGUUGUUAGUGUUUUUACUAUUUCAUGUGUUUUCACAAAUAGGAUUUAUGAAUGGCAAAAUCAUAUUGGAGCCUUUGCUGUGCUCUUUGGAUGGUGGAACCUAAUGCACAUGCUAGGUCAACUGCCUCUUUUAGGAUCAUAUGUAGCUAUGUACACUAGGGUACAACGUGAAUUUCUUAAAUUAUUUGCAGCAUAUCUUUGUCUUCUAAUAGGAUUCACUAUAAGCUUUUGUGUUAUCUUUCCUGCCAAAGCACAGUUUGGCAACCCAUUCAUAAGUUUCAUGAAAGUACUUGUUAUGAUGACUGGAGAGCUAGAAUUUGAUAGCAUAUUUUUUGACGACAAUCCCACUGCUCUACCUUACAGUGCUCACUUUAUUUUUAUUAUUUUUCUUCUUUUUGCAACAGUCGUACUCAUGAAUCUGCUUGUUGGUAUUGCUGUACAUGAUAUUCAGGGGCUGCAGAAAACAGCUGGUUUGCUUAAACUGGAGCAACAAACAAGACUAAUUUCGUAUAGCGUGGAGAUCACGCGCCUGCUCAUCGAGCGCCACGCCGACGUGAACGCGCGCGACCGCUACGAGUACACGCCGCUGCACGUGGCCGCCAACAACGACCUGGCGGCGAGCGUGCGCGCGCUGUUGCUGGCCGGCGCGGACGUGACGGCGCGCACCCGCGGCGGCGCCACCGCCCUCGCCGCCAUCGUGCGCAAGAUGCCCUGCUCGCUCAAGGCGCUCUACCAGAAGAUGGACAACGCCAUCGGCCUUCAAGACGCCAACACCACCGUUCUGGACUCGGCCACCUCCGCGCAGGAUUCCUACGCCGGACACGAGGACGUCGUCGUCAGCCUCAACUUCCGGCCGCUCAUCGACGCCACGUCGCCCGCGGAGAUCUCCUACCUGAAAACGUUUCUGGACGAGGGGCACAAGGACGUCCUCAAGCACCCGCUGUGCCAAGCCUUCCUGCAUUACAAGUGGCAGAAGAUAAUGAAGUUCUACUUAGUGAAAAUGGCGUUUUACAUCCUGUUGGUUAUGUUCUUGACUAUAUACGUUAUCUCUUCUAGCACAAUUCACUACCACCAACGGCGCGAACAAGCGAAGAGUGAAAACUGCACCCCCGAGGUAUCGCAUCUUUCGUUAUGCAAAAACUCGACCGCCUUCGCGAUCUUUAUAGUGGAUCACCCGAGUAUAAAAGCGUCGUCGUACUGGCUGCUGGUGGUGUUGGCGCUGAUGGAAGUGCUGCGCAAGAUCUGCGGCGUGGGGGGCUACGAGUCGCUGCGGGAGUACGCGCGCCACCUCGACAACGUGCUGGAGUGGGUGGUGGCGUUGGGCGUGUGCGUGUUGCUGCUGGCGCAGGAGUGCAACCGCUACGAGGAGUGCUUCCGGGACCACCUGGGUGCCAUCACCCUCCUGCUGGCCUUCUUCAUGCUCACUCGCAUGAUCGGCCACCUGCCGCAGCUGGAGUCGUACGUGGCCAUGUACAUGAGCGUGCUGCGCUUGUUCGUGAAGGUGCUGGCGGCGUACCUGUCGCUGCUGCUGGGCUUCGUGUUCGGGCUGCAGAAGACGGCCGACCUGGUGCUGCUGCAGCAGCAGACGCGCCUCAUCUCGCAGGUGGAGCGCACGCUGCUGAGCGCGCUGGUGCCGCCGCGCGCGCGCCGCGCCUUCUACCGCUGGGCGUGCGUCUCGCCCGGCCGCUACCGCAAGACAAUGGUGUGUAGCAAUGUCAGAAACAGUAUUGAUGGACCAAUGAUAGAAAGU